AUGGAUGUUGCUCUGCUCUUCCCAGAAGCCCUCAGCCCGAAUACUCCAACACCAAAACCGGUGGAGAAGAUUGUUUCAAACAUUCCCAAAACCUUUGCUACCAUUGUUUCUAACAACGUUUGUGACAUCCCCCUUAGUCAAUUCCCUCAAGCUUGUGUUAAAGGGGACAUAUUAGCUAUAACAAUUCCAGAGGAGGAGUAUAAACUAGGUGUCGAAGCCUGCAAACAUCACCUUCAUGGUAGAGUCGUCUGGUUCAAGGGCACCACGCCGCUAACGGUGGUGGGCUUGAAAACUAAACUCAUGUCUUUAUGGCCUUCAAUUGGAAAAUGGGGAAUAACCUCUCUGGGGAAAGGUUUCUUCGAAUUUGCUUUCUCCUCCCUCGAGGAUGUCCAACGGGUGAGAUCUGUCAAUACCUGGAAUCUUUCACAAGGCACGCUCAAGCUUUUUCCAUGGACAAAAGAUUUUAUGCCAGCUACCCUUAAGCAAACCUCUGCACAAGUUUGGAUAAGAAUUCACGGGCUCUCACAAGAGUAUUGGAGGCCUCGGAUUAUAUUCGCUAUUGCAAGCAGUAUAGGAACCCCAAUAUGUAUUGAUUCAGCAUCCAACAAAUCUGUCUUUGAAAGACCUUUUGGUCAUUUCGUUAGGGUUCUGGUGGAUCUUGAUAUGACCAAGGAGCUCAACUUCAAAAUUCUUGUAGAAAGAAUUGGUUUUGCUUUCUUUGUUGACAUAGAGUAUGAGAAACUUCCAGAGUUUUGCAAUUUUUGUUCUUGCAUUGGCCACUCCAUUACCAACUGCAAAAGGAAAGAGGGUCAGAUACCUGGGCCUCUUCCCAACAAUGAUGCUAUUCUUAUCCCUACUCCUGUGGAGCGCGUUGCCGGUGAAUCUUCAAAUUCUCAACCUUUGGAGACUCCAGUGGCCGAAUUUGGGAAUGAUAGAACUAUUGUGAUAGGUUCCACAGCCAAUCAAUCCAAUGAAGAAGAAAACAAAUUGGAUAGUGAGUAUGUGGAUGCUACUCAGCUAGUGGAAAUGGUUCCGGAAACACAAAUAGACCCAGCUCAUAAAGCUCUAGUCACAAACUUUCUUGAUGAAUCCUGGGCAAACAUGGCAGACUUGGACAAAGUUGAUGAUCAUGGGGUAGAUCUCUUCCCUGAUAAAGAUUUCCAACUUGUCUUCAACAAGAAAAGAAGAAAUAAGAAGUCUCUUUCUUUGACCAACACUAGACCUAGGUCUAGUCCCAACAAACUAUCCCUAUGA